ACAGGCUCUCAGUUGUUUUUAGAUCUGUUCAAGCAGCGAGGAUUAAACGUGGUAGUAAUCCACGGGAAACAAAAUAGUGUGUCUGAGGCCUACAUUCACCUCCGCAUGAGUACGAAAGAGCUGGACUGCAGCGUUGUGGACCAUGUGAUGUGGCAAAGGGUUUACGAUGGAGGGGACAAUGGUGACGGCGGGACAGGAGAAGCCACAGAAGCGGGUGAGGUUCCGCGUGGCUUCGGGGAACAGUGGCCGGGUGCUGAAGGAGAUGUUCAAAGAUGAGGGGCCUUCAGACUCCCUGGAUUCAGACUGCACCAGCAGCUCUGAUGCCGAACGAGCCAGCACCCCCUCCACAAGUGGAGAUGCACAUGGACACCUGUUUGGAUACCUGGGCUCCGAGCUGGAUGACAGUGAGAAUGAGCCCGACGACUUGCUCGUAUAUGCAGGGGCCACCAAGGACUGGAUGUUCACCACCAAAAGGGUCAACAUACUCAGCAAAAAUGGGACUGUGAGAGGUGUCAAGCACAAAGUCAGCGCAGGUCAGACGCUGUUUGAAAAUCUUCCUAAUUCCAACAGUAUGGAUUUAUCCCUGGAGUUUGGGCGGAUAGUGAUCUACACUACGAGUUUCCGUGUGGUUAGGACGACGUUCGAGCGCUGUGAGCUGGUUAGAAAGAUCUUUCAGAACCACAGAGUGAAGUUCAUGGAAAAGAACAUCGCGCUGGACAGUGAGUACGGGAAGGAACUGGAGGCGCGUUGCAAACGCGUGGGAGAACCUCCUUCGUUACCAGUCGUGUUCGUUGAUGGACACUACCUUGGGGGUGCCGAGAAGAUACUUGGCAUGAAUGAAUCAGGAGAGCUGCAAGAUCUUCUGACAAAAAUUGAGAGGGUGCAGCAUCCCCAGACGUGCCAGACCUGCGGGGGCUUCGCCUUCAUCCCGUGCCCGAUGUGCCAUGGUAGCAAGAUGUCUGUGUUUCGUAACUGCUUCACGGAUUCCUUCAAAGCCCUCAAGUGUACUUCGUGCAAUGAGAACGGCCUACAGCCGUGUGCGAGCUGCAGCCAGUGAGGGUGUUAAGUGCCUGAAAUGACAUCACUCCUUCCUACCUUGGGACCCUACAAAGGGACUGUACUAAUAUACAGGCAGUGAAAGUCCAUACAGCAGGACUCUUUCUCCAGGGCCAUUGUUAGCAAGAAAAUCUGAAUUUGUAAUAAAAUCUGUGAAUUCAUGGAUUUUGGUUUUGCUCAUGUGUGUAUGUUAAAGCAUCAUUUGAAGGUCACAAGUUUAGGUUAUUGCAAAAUCCUCAUUCAAAGAUCUUUGUUCGCAUCUCUAAACAGGCAGUCAAAUAUGUCCGCUGAGGAGUCAUGAACUUGCUUCCUCUCUUGCAAGCCUAAGCUUGUUAGUUAAUUAGUGAGGAGGCUCCUUCAUUAACAAUGCUCUCAUUACAUAAUCCCAUAUCAGACAGAGUCCAGGAUAACAGACACUCAGCACCGAGAGUGAAAAUCAAGCGCUCAAUUUGCAGCCAGCAGAAGGCAGCAAACUGGAACGUUGUUUACAGGCAAGUACUGUUCAAACCUAACAUUAAAAAUUCAUACACAGUACUGUGCAAAUGCUUCAGGCACUUCAGAUGUUUGUACUCAUGGCAACCCCAAACAUAAAGAAUUACCCUAAUGACUGAGAACAUGGAGUUCUGUAGAAGCCCCAGACAUGAAGUCUGUAUGUUGAAAUUAAACACAGUUUACCUGUGUACUAUACUUUGAAGUUACAGGUAUGGAGUUUCUGGAGUUUUCUUUACCAAGAACAAUAUAUAUUUUGGGUAAUUUUAAUACUGGUAAACAAAACGACGACUGAGACUCAGUUUUGCUGCUGACUGCUUCAGGUUAUCUUACAAAACCUUGACACAUCCUUCUAUCUUCAUAAAUCCUUCCACCUUGAUGAGAUUCCUAGUUCCACAUGCUAUGCAGUGUCACCACAGCAUGGUGUCCUAUCACUGUGUUUCACUGUGAGGACAGUGUUCUUUGGGUUAUACACAUCUCCCUUUUUUCUCCAAACAUAGCACGACCAAAGUGCUCUUCUGAUCAUCUGACCACAGGAUACACUUCCAGUAUGCAUAAUCUUUCUCUGGUUGUAUUAGCAUACUUCAGUCUGGCUUGAAGAUAUCUCUUCUGCAGUUUUUCUUGGUCUGCCACCUUGCAGUCAAUCCCUGUGCAGGAUUCUAGUGACUGUCUUCUUUGAGACUACAAUUCCACUUGGCUAAGUCACACAUUAGCAUCUUGGCAGCUGUUCUGGGGUCUUUAGACACAUCUCUCACUAGUUUUCUUCCCAGAGUCUUUGAAAUCUUUGCUUCCUCUGCCAGGCUUCUUCUGUACUGUGUGGUUCUCUUUGAAUUUCUUGAUGAUAAUACUCACUCCAGUUCUUGACACUGACCUGACUUGACCUUCAGUUUUAACAUUACAUUACACACCAUAGUUUGUGCUAUGGCUCAAUAAAAGGGUCGGUUUUUCAGGAAGAUAAUAAUAUUGACCCUGGUAAUUUUUAUAUAUUGAGAAAUAAUUCUGUUACUGUGUACAAAUCAAAAAUAAUUAAUGUUUCACUUCAACCUUAUGUUAAACCACCUUUCUUUUUAUCAGCUGCCCAUGACAAAUAAAUUAGAGAUUAGAAAGAUUAGAGCAAUUUAAAUUUCUGUGUGGAUCCUUUACACAUAUGCUGACCUCAUUAUUUAAAGCUCUGGCCAUCCAUAUGAUACAUCACAAACAAUAGCUUAUGUAGCAACAGAGUUUGUGCUUCUCAUGUUUUUACUAUUCUAGUCACAGACCUAAGUAGAUGAUUAGUGGAAAAAUCAAUAUCAAUGUUUAAAAGGUGUCAGAGGGCACUUUUAUAGCCCAUCUGAAGGUGUUUCCAGAUAUUUACUGAUGAAAAAUAGCUGGAAAUUUGAGAUCCUUGAUCUUUUUAUGUUACAUUCCAUGAUAUUGCAUACAUUAAAACAAUAUUUUAUGAGAUAAUAAUUUUGCAUCAGCUCAGUGUAGAUGCCAAUGUAGAACCAGUUCCAGACGUUUCCUUUUAAGAAAAGAGCACCCAGUGCCAAAAAAAGCUUCCUUCCCAUGAUUGCUGGGUUAGAGACUGUUGAAGUCGGAGGCUAUGGGAGGGGCAAGAAAUUAUAGAUAAGCUGGUUCUGGUUACCAUAAUUUUCUGCCCAUGGUAACUACUGCAAUUUUCCUCACAUAAUUUAAGCUUCUUAAAUCUUUCAGAAUAUAGACUGGUUUUCAAAAGGCACCACAGCAGAACUGGCUCCACACGGGCACCGUCAUGAUAUCAGUAAAACUAGGCAGGCAAAAUGUAAGUAGACACAAACCUCACCCUUAUUCAAUAAAAGCAUUUUUAAUUACAUUUUUGUGCAGUGCUGAUAAAUAUACAAAACCCUCAAGUUGUUUAGAGAACAGACCCUGUUGUAAUAUAUAUAUAUAUAUAUAUAUAUAUAUAUAUAUAUGUAUAUAUAUGUAUAUAUAUAUUUAAAUAUAUAUAUAUAUAUUUAUAUUUUAAAAACCUGAUAUUUUUGGCUGUGAGCAUGAGGUUUAUUUGGCAGUAAAUCAGAUGCACUGGAGCCUACGUGAUAAGAGACUUCGGUUCAUGCAGAAGCAGCACAAUCAGAUGGUACUAACAAAGAAAUCUGGAUAAUUCAACCCAAUGAGCUCUUGACGUGCACACGUUUUAACAAUCCGACGUAAUGCAGUGCAUGUAUGCCUUUAACUAAAUUAGCAUGAAACUAAAAGACAAGUAUGGCCCAACAGCUCAGUAGCAGAUCA